AUGCAAAAUAUUCUUAAUCUUAGUUCAUAUCAAAAUAAUCCUGAAGAAUAUAUUCGAUCUCAUUUAAAUGAUAUUAUUCCUUUAAUGCUUUAUACUUGGUCAAUUGCUAAUAAACCACAAUUUCCAAAAGAUACUCAAAUAAUUACUUUACUACUUUUUAUUCAUUGUAAAGAAAAAGGUUUAAUUAAACAAAUACGAACAGGUGACGUAGGUAAUGUUAGCACCAGAUUCGCGUAUUUCCUGUGCCGAUUCGCCCCUACGUCUGUGCUGGUCCCCUACUUGGUUGUGCUGGAUGCCGAAUUUAAUUCUCUAUCGAAUGGUGACAACUCCGGCGGGGGUCGUCGAGGAAAAAAUUCGGUCCACCAGCAAAAAACCGCUUUUUCCUCCAUGUGACGAAUUCGGAAAAGAUGUAAUUCCAAUCCCGAUUCGCCCAGGCAUCUGUUCUGUGCACCUCUUUGCUUGUGCUGGAUGCAGAAUUUUACGCUCUAUCCAAUGGUAUAAGUUUUAGAUAGCCUUGUCGUCCAAAAAGUAGGGGUUUCUGGCCAAAUACAAUCCCAAAAAUCACUUUUUUGCAUUAUCUCCUAUCCCGAUUCGCCCCUACGUCUGUGCUGGCCCCCUACUUGGUUGUGCUGGAUGCAGAAUUUAAUUCUCUAUCGAAUGGUGACAACUCCGGCGGGGGUCGUCGAGCAAAAAAUUCGGUCCACCAGCAAAAAACCGCUUUUUCCUCCAUGUGA